GCCGCCGCCGCCGCUCCAGGCUUCGAUAGUUCCACGCCCCCUCAGGGCUCAGGCUCCGCCUCGACCGGUAAUGCAGCCCGACGCGAUCGCCUCGACCGGCACCGCCGCGCCUGCCCCCGCGCCGCCGUUUUACUCCGCCGCCGCCGGAAUCUACAGCAGCACACACCCUCCCGUGGCCCUCCCGCCCGACCCUUCGCUCUCCCUCGUCCCGCACCUCUUCGCCCGCCUCCCGCUCCGUGACCCGGCCUCGCCGGCCCUCGUCGACGCCGCCACCGCCUCCUCCGUCUCCCGCGCCGGCCUCCGCCGCCUCGUCCCCUCCCUCGCCGCGGGGCUCCGCCGCCGCCAUGGCGUCCGGAGCGGGUCAGUGGUGAUGCUGCUGCUCCCGAAUUCUGUGGUGUUCCCCGUGUCUUUCCUCGCCGUGCUCGCCGCCGGCGGCGUGGCCACCACCGUGAACCCCUCCAGCUCCCCCAAGGAGAUCGCCGCGCAGGCGCGGGCCACCGGCGCCUCCCUCGUGCUCGCCUCGCGCGACGGCGCCCGGAAGCUGCUCUCGCCUCUCGCCGCUCCGGUCGUGCUUGUGCCAGAAAUCCUGGACCUCUCCGUCGGCGCCGCCGCCGAAGACGAAGACCAACGCGCGUUCGCGGAGUUCCGCGCGCUGCUCGACGACGACAGUGAAUCCGCCGAGAUUGCGACAGUGGUGGGCCAGGACGACGCCGCGGCCAUCCUCUUCUCGUCGGGCACCACCGGGCGGAGCAAGGGGGUGGUGCUGACGCACCGCAACCUGAUCGCCAUGGUGGAGCUGUUCGUCCGGUUCGAGGCGUCGCAGUACGCGCGAGGUGCUCGCGAAAAUGUCUACCUGGCGGCGCUGCCCAUGUUCCACGUGUACGGCCUCUCCCUCUUCGCCGUCGGGCUCCUCUCGCUCGGCACCACGGUGGUGGUGAUGAGGAGGUUCGACGUCCGCGAGGCCGUCAGGGCCAUCGGGAGGUACAGGGUGACGCACCUGCCACUCGUGCCGCCCAUCAUGGCGGCGAUGGUCAGGGCGGCGGCCGCCGGCCGAGUGCCGCCGGCGGAGGUGGCCUCCCUGGUGCAGGUCUCCUGCGGCGCCGCGCCGACAAGGGCCACGCUCAUCCACGAAUUCCUUCAGGCCUUCCCCCGUCUCGAUUUCAUUCAGGGUUAUGGCAUGACAGAAUCUACUGCCGUUGGAACUCGCGGUUUCAACACUAACAAGCACAAAAACUAUACCUCAGUAGGGCUUUUAGCGCCCAACAUGCAUGCCAAGAUUAUUCAUCUUGAGAGUGGUACAUGUUUGCCUCCUGGCUCAUCAGGGGAGUUAUGGCUUCAUGGCCCAGGAAUCAUGAAAGGUUACUUGAAUGGUGAUGAUGAUGCCAGCACAAGAAAGGAUGGCUGGUUGCGGACCGGCGACAUUGCUUACUUUGAUUCAGAUGGGUACUUAUACAUUGUAGGCCGCUUGAAGGACACAAUCAAGUACAAAGGAUUUCAGAUAGCUCCAGGGGACUUGGAAGAAGUUUUGAUCCACCACCCUGAAAUUCUUGAUGUUGCUGUGGCGUCUGCUGAGGAUGAAGAAGCUGGAGAGAUACCAGUAGCUUUUGUGGUGAGGAAAUCUGAAAGCAGCCUAUCUUGUAUGCAAGUGAUGGAGUAUGUGGCCAAGCAGGUGGCUUCGUACAAGAGGGUAAGGAAGGUGAUAUUUGUGGAGGCAAUACCCAAGUCAGCUGCUGGAAAGGUUUUGAGGAGGCUUCUCAAGAACUCGCUUGAUGCUGCUGCUGUUGCUGCUACCUCCCCUAGCAGCAUCGCCUCCAAGCUCUGACCAUCACUCGACUUCAGAAUUCUCGAGGUUACAUAUUAUAGAUGAAAUUGUACUUCGAAAUUGCUGGGGUUAUAUUUUGCAUGUAUCUGGAAACACCUAAUGCCUGUAAUGUUUAUUACAAACAUAUGUGCAAAUACAAACACCCCAAAAAGGAAUCUCACUUGGGCAGCAAACACAACAAAGUAGUUCCAGGGGCUUAACCCUCUUACAAUUUUGUCAUGCCCAAGAGUGAUAGUGCAAAAGGCAACCAAACUCAACUUCAUGAAGA